AUGGCUGAAUUAUGUGACACUGUCCGUGACUGUGGGCCAGGAAGUGUACUGAGUUUCCUUAUUCCAACAGUGCAGUUGAGGGACUGGAUUUGUUAUCAGAGACUGCUACAGACAAUUGCUGUACUUGAAGCUCAGCGUUCUCAAGCAGUCCAAGAUCUGGAAAGUUUAGGAAAACACCAGAGAGAAGCACUAAAAAACCCCAUUGGGUUUGUGGAAAAACUCCAGAAGAAGGCUGAUAUAGGGCUUCCAUAUCCACAAAGAGUUGUUCAGUUGCCUGAAAUUGUAUGGGACCAAUAUACCAGUAGCCUUGGGAACUUUGAAAGAGAAUUUAAAAAUCGAAAAAGGCAUACUAGAAGAGUUAAGUUAGUUUUUGAUAAAGUAGGUUUACCUGCUAGACCAAAAAGUCCUUUAGAUCCUAAGAAGGAUGGAGAAUCUCUUUCAUACUCUAUGCUGCCUUUGAGUGAUGGUCCAGAAGGUUCGAACAGUCGCCCUCAGAUGAUAAGAGGGCGCCUGUGUGAUGAUACCAAACCUGAAACAUUUAACCAGCUGUGGACUGUUGAAGAGCAGAAAAAACUUGAACAGCUGCUCCUGAAAUACCCUCCUGAAGAAGUGGAAUCUCGACGCUGGCAGAAGAUUGCAGAUGAACUGGGCAACAGGACAGCAAAACAGGUUGCCAGUCGAGUACAGAAGUAUUUCAUAAAGCUAACGAAAGCUGGCAUUCCAGUUCCAGGCAGAACACCAAACUUAUAUAUUUACUCCAAAAAGUCUUCAACAAGCAGACGACAGCACCCCUUAAAUAAGCAUCUCUUUAAACCUUCCACUUUCAUGACUUCACAUGAACCUCCAGUGUAUAUGGACGAAGAUGAUGACCGAUCAUGUUUUCAUAGCCAUAUGAACACUGCUGUUGAAGAAGCCUCAGAUGAAGAAAGUAUUCCUAUUAUGUAUAGGAAUUUACCUGAAUAUAAAGAACUAUUACAACUUAAAAAGUUAAAGAAGCAGAAACUUCAGCAAAUACAAGCUGAAAGUGGGUUUGUGCAGCAUGUGGGCUUCAAGUGUGAUAACUGUGGCAUAGAACCUAUCCAGGGUGUUCGGUGGCACUGCCAGGAUUGUCCUCCAGAAAUGUCUUUGGAUUUCUGUGAUUCUUGUUCAGACUGCCUACAUGAAACAGAUAUUCACAAAGAAGAUCACCAAUUAGAACCUAUUUAUAGGUCAGAGACAUUCUUAGACAGAGACUACUGUGUGUCUCAGGGCACCAGUUAUAAUUACCUUGACCCAAACUACUUUCCAGCAAACAGAUGACAUGGAAGAGAACAUCAUUUACUAGUCCUCUUCAACACAUAGCAAUGGUAUCAUUGUUAAUUAUGUGCACAGUUUGGAAAGAUCCUCUGCUUUUCCUGAAAUGACACUCACAGCAUGAGAGCUUCCUGAGUGUUCUCGUCAAGUACAGCUCUGUACUGUUGUGGCUCUAGAUCACUGUUCAGCUGCUGAACAUUCCUGGUGAGCACAGGGUUUCCCUGUUGAAUUUUGGUGAGCAAAGGGUUUCCCUGGUGAAUUUUCACCACCACCAGAAAAUCUAUAGGUGGUCAUCUUAAAUGGGUAAGAUGGAAGUGAGAGCACACAUUAAAGUGAGAGUAAAUUCCAAAGGUUUCAAAGAACUUGGUCAUAAAUAUAAUGAGAAAACAGAGUAUUUAUAUUAAAACAGUUUAGUAGCUUUCAGUUUUGUGGAAAUAGUUUUCAGCGCAGAAACUGACUUCUUUAGACAAAGUUUUAACCAAUGAUGGUGUUUGCUUCUAGGAUAUAUACUCUAAAAGAACUCACUGUCCCAGUGGUGGUCAUUGAUGGCCUUUAGUAAAUUGGAGCUGCUUAACCAUAUUGAUACCUAACUUCUUUUAACCACAAUGAACUGUCCUUAUUACCAACAGUGAAGCACUACAGGAGGCAACUGUGGCAUUGCUUCCUUAACCAGCUCAUGGUGUGUGAAUGUUAUAAAAUUGUCACUCAGAUAUAUUUUUUAAAUGUAAUGUUAUAUAAGAUGAUCAUGUGAUGUGUACAAACUAUGGUGAAAAGUGCCAGUGGUAGUAACUGUGUAAAGUCUAAUUCACAACAUUAAUUCCUUUAAAAUACACAGCCUCUGCCUCUGUAUUUGGAGUUGUGAGUACAACUCAUCAAAGAAAACUGCCUAAUAUAAAAAUCAUAUAUAUGGUAAUAAUUUCCCUCUUUUGUAGUCUGCACAAGAUCCAUAAAAGAUUGUAUUUUUAUUACUAUUUAAACAAGUGAUUAAAUUUAGUCUACGCAGUGAGCAAGAGUUCACAUGCAUUCUUUUAUACUGCUGGAUUUUGUUGUGCAUCAUUUAAAACAUUUUGUAUGUUUCUUCUUAUCUGUGUAUGCAGUAUGUUCUUGAAUAAUGUUCAUUUGUCAGGAGAACUGUGAGAAAUAAACUAUGUGGAUACUGUCUGUUUAUAUUAUAGAAUCCUUGUUGUGACUUCCUUUUGGUUAGCUUUGGAUUUUUUUUUUAACCAAUGUUAAAACCAGAAGUUUUUUAAGGGUCUGUU